AUAAAGAGUUCCCUACCCUGCAAGAAUCUUUCUUUUACCCUUUUCCUUCUGAAGCUAAGCUAUGGCUACACCCUUUAGCCAUUUCUUUCGUACACAAAAAUAAAAUUAAAAAAAAAGAAAAAAGAAGAAAAGAAUAGAAUUAGAAGGUGGAAAAGCAUUUUUCAAAGAAGAAAAGAAGUUAGACAAUGGAGGAAAUAUCAAAUAUGUGUCAGUUCAUGUGUGAGUGGGAAUGAUGGAGUUUCAACUUGCGAAAGUGAACAGUUGGUUUUAUUUGCUUCAGUGAUAAACUGAAUGUAUGGUUCAGAAAGUUUUGGAUUUUGCUCUAUUUGAUGGCCUCUAAUUCAUAUAGGGAUUCUGUUUGAGAUAUUGCUCAAAAGAACUUGUUGAAAAUAGAACACUGAACAUUGAACUUGGUUCUGCAUAAUUGUAUAAUGGCAAAUAGAACUCAUCAUCCUUCAGUGUUUCUGGUUGUGAUUACAAUUUUACUUUCCAUCUAUCAAUCCGAGCAACGGCAAUCACAGCAAUCUCUGAUCCUCUUAAGAAUUCAACAGAUAUUGAACUUUCCUGUUGAAUCAAGCAAUUGGAACAAUAACCACUUAGAUUUUUGCAAGGGAGAUUCAAAUUCUUCUUCUCUCACUGUGGUAUGCUAUGAAGGAAACAUAACACAGCUUCACAUAAUUGGUGACAGAACUUCACCACUUGCCAAGAAUUUCUCAAUGGAUUCCUUUGUCAAAACCUUGACAAGGCUUCCAAGUUUGAAGGUCCUCACACUGGCCUCUCUUGGUUUGUGGGGUUCCUUGCCUGACAAGAUUGCGCGGCUGCAGUCAUUGGAAAUCGUUAAUGUUAGUUCCAAUUUUCUGUAUGGUGCCCUGCCUCGAGAGGUUUCAUCGCUGUCGAAUCUCCAAACACUCAUUCUUGAUAAUAAUUUGUUUUCCGGCCGGCUUCCAAAUUGGCUUGACUCACUUUCAACCUUAAGAGUGUUAAGUUUGAAGAACAAUGUAUUCAAUGGAUCGCUUCCAAAUUCUCUUGGUAGCUUGGAGAAUUUGAGGAUUCUUUCACUUUCACAUAACCACUUUUUCGGGCUAGUACCUGAUUUGAGCCAAUUGACAAAUCUUCAGGUGUUGGAACUGGAUGAUAAUGCUUUUGGACCGCAGUUUCCUCGGCUUGGUAACAAAUUGGUUACUUUAGUCCUAAGGAACAAUAGUUUCAGGACUGGAAUCCCUGCUGGAUUAAGCUCAUAUUUUCAGCUUGAACAAUUCGAUAUUUCAUCAAACACAUUCGUGGGGCCAUUCCAGCCAUCAUUGCUGUCUCUUCCUUCCAUUACCUAUCUGAACAUUUCUGGAAACAGAUUAACAGGGAAGCUUUUUGAGAAUCUGUCUUGCAAUACUCAACUUGAAGUGGUGGAUUUAUCUUCGAAUCUUUUGACAGGUAGCGUACCGAAAUGCUUGAUCUCGAAUUCCAGUAAUAGGACUAUACUAUAUGCUAGAAAUUGUUUAGAAACAAGGAAUCAGAUUCAGCAGCCGGCGCCGUUUUGCCACACGGAAGCUUUAGCCGUUGGGAUAUUACCUGAGAUAAAAAAGAAGCACAAAGAAAAAGUUUCUAAGGUAGUUAUCUCCCUUGGCAUAGUAGGUGGAACUCUUGCAGGAGUAGCACUUGCUUUGUUGACUUUCUUUCUUGUUAGAAGAGGAAAUUCUAGAAGAAGAAUGAAGAAUCCUCCAACAAGGUUUAUAUCAGAAAAUGCAGCUUCUGGGUACACCUCUAAGUUGCUCUCUGAAGCAAGAUAUAUAUCGCAAACAAAGAAGUUUGGCACGGUAGGCCUACCAAGUUAUCGAAGUUUUUCAUUGGAAGAGAUCGAGGCAGCUACAAACUACUUCGACACGGCUUCUUUAAUGAGUGAAGAUUCUUAUGGCAAGAUGUACAGAGGUCAGCUGAAGAAUGAUUCGCUCGUCGCCAUAAGAUGCAUAAAACUGAAAAAGAGGUACAGCACGCAGAACUUCGCACACCACAUAGAGUUGAUAUCGAAACUUAGGCACCGGCAUCUAGUCAGUGCUCUUGGACACUGCUUUGAAUGUUCUCUAGAAGAUUCAAGUGUCAGCAAAAUAUUUCUUGUCUUUGAAUACAUACCGAAUGGCACACUCAGGAGCUGGAUAUCUGAUGGUGACACAAUGAAAUCAAUGAGUUGGAUCCAGCGCUUAGGAGCCGUGACCGGAAUAGCAAAGGGAGUUCAAUUUUUGCAUACAGGGAUUGUCCCCGGUGUAUAUUCGAACAAUAUCAACGCCGAAGAUGUUCUACUGGAUCAGAAUCUUGUUGCGAAAAUCUGCAGUUAUAACCUGCCUUUGUUAUCUAACAUAGGAAAGAUUCAGCAUGGAAGUUCUUCCAGCGGAUCGAAAAAUUCUAGCAUGAAAAAAAGUGUAAAUUAUGAAGAUAAGUCUGAUAUAUAUGACCUUGGAGUUAUUCUACUGGAACUUAUUCUUGGAAGGGCAAUAAAAUUAAGCAAGGAUGCAGAUGCUUUUAAGGAACUGUUACAAGCAACCAUAGUGGCUGACGAGGAAGCUCGAAGAAGCAUCAUCGAUCCUGCAAUUCGCAAGGAAUGCCUGGAUCAAUCAUUGAAGACAAUGAUGGAGAUAUGCGUGCGGUGCCUCGCUAAAGAACCGGCAGAGAGGCCAUCCAUAGAAGAUGUGUUGUGGAACUUGCAAUUUGCAGCUCAGGUACAGGAUGCAUGGAGAGGAGACUCUCAAAGCAGUGAGGGAGGCUCACCACCUGCCUUAUCACCUCUUCAAUCUAGAAGAGUUUCCUUCCAUUAGUGUUAAAUGAAACCUUUUAUGGUGGUAAUAUUUUUUUUUCUACAAGCCUAAAAGGUUAGAGUGGUUAUAGAAUGUGAGCUUCAUAGUUUAUAGCAUCAGAAUAGUGUAUGUUCCUCAUGUUGUAACUUCUUAAACCUUCAUACUUCUAAGCUUUUAAUGAAAAACUAAAUAUUGUCAAUUGUUGUUUGAAGCAAAUGAAAAGAUUAGAAAAAUGCAUAAAGCAGUACAUCAAUAUGUCCCUGGAAUGGAGAGGAAGGUCAAAGACGUCAAAGUAUAAACAGUG